CGCCCGGGUGGCCCCGCGCACCAUGGGGAACAAGCAGACCAUCUUCACCGAGGAGCAGCUGGACAACUACCAGGACUGUACAUUCUUCAAUAAGAAAGACAUCCUCAAGCUCCACGCGCGGUUCUAUGAGCUGGCCCCAAACCUUGUCCCCAUGGACUACAGGAAGAGCCCCAUCGUCCACGUGCCCAUGAGCCUCAUCAUCCAGAUGCCGGAGCUCCGGGAGAAUCCCUUCAAGGAAAGGAUUGUGGAGUCUUUCUCUGAGGAUGGCGAGGGGAACCUCACCUUCGAUGACUUUGUGGACAUGUUCUCUGUGCUCUGCGAGUCGGCUCCCCGGGACCUCAAGGCCAACUAUGCCUUCAAGAUCUACGACUUCAACACCGACAACUUCAUCUGCAAGGAGGACCUGGAGAUGACGCUGGCCCGGCUCACCAAGUCGGAGCUCGAGGAGGACGAGGUGGUGCUGGUGUGUGACAAGGUCAUCGAGGAGGCCGACCUGGAUGGCGACGGCAAGCUGGGCUUCUCCGACUUCGAGGACAUGAUCGCCAAGGCCCCCGACUUCCUCAGCACCUUCCACGUCCGGAUCUGAGGACACGGCCGGGGUCUCGGGCCCUGAAGCCCACCAUCCACCUCUGCUGUCUACACAGUUUUGCCCUCCAAGCUUCCAGGACAGGAGCUGUGGCCGCCCGGGUUUACACCCGCGAACAUUUCCUUGGCCCUUUCAGCAAAAAAUCCUUAACCAGGGAAGGAGGGGACUUGAGGAGCAGGGCCCUUCCCAGGCCCCCUGUGGCUCAGCCCCAGGACCCACAGCCCCUCACAGACCUUCCCUCUGUCCCCUGACCUCCCCUGUACCCGGUCCUCUCCCAAUCAGAAAUGCCCCCUGGGAGGGGAAGGGUACUGACUUGUCCAAGUGCCGGAGACACACCCUGGUCGCCCAGGGGCAAAGGGAGCAAAAGAGGACAAGAUUUAAUGAACUAUGCACCCUGCCUCCAGCCCCCAGCUGUGCUGCAGCCCCCCCAC